AUGUCGAUCGAAAUGCCCAAAGGUCUACCCUUUUCAGUUGACACGUGGAGUCCUUGUUCAAAGAGAAAGCGUCACCAUUUCUUAACCCACGCUCACAAAGACCACUCGGUUGGGAUCUCCUCUCACUUUUCUUACCCUAUUUACUCUACUCAUCUCACCAAAACCCUCCUUCUUCAACACUACCCCAAGCUUGAUGAGUCUUUGUUUGUGGGCAUUGAAGCUGGGAAGUCUGUAGUUAUUGAUGACCCUGAUGGUGUCUUCACUGUUUCGGCUUUCGAUGCUAAUCACUGUCCUGGGGCUGUGAUGUUCUUGUUUGAAGGAGAGUUUGGUAAUGUUCUCCACACUGGAGAUUGCAGACUCACUCCUGAAUACCUGCAACGUUUACCAGAGAAGUACCUUGGUAAGAAAGGGAAGAAGCGUAGAUGUCAACUCGAUUAUGUUUUCCUAGAUUGCACGUUUGGGAAAUACUAUCACAGUUUCCCUAGCAAGUAUUCAGCAAUCCAGCAGGUCAUCAAUUGUAUAUGGAAGCAUCCUGAUGCAACCGAGGUGUAUUUGGCCUGUGAUCUUCUCGGUCAGGAAGAGAUACUGGUCGAUGUGUCCCGUACAUUUGGAUCAAAAAUAUAUGUUGACAGAGUCACCAAUCCUGAGUAUUUUGAUGCUCUGACAGUCAUAGCUCCUGAAAUUAUCUCCCAAGAUCCAUCUUCCCGCUUCCAGGUGCUUGAUGCAUUUCCGAAACUUAAUGAGAGAGCCAAAGUAAAGUUUGCAGAGGCUCACAUUAAUUUGAAGUCUGAGCCUCUCAUAAUUCAUCCUUCAGCACAGUGGUAUGCUUGUGAGGUAGAAUUGCUAGAUAACGAAACUCAAAGAAAAUUGAGGUUCAAUGAAGCAGUAAAGGAUCAAUUUGGCGUUUGGCAUGUUUGUUACUCGAUGCACUCGUCUAGGGAAGAAUUAGAGUGGGCUCUGUGGCUUCUAGAACCUAAAUGGGUUGUUUCCACCACACCCAGUUGCAGGGCUAUGGAGCUGAAUUAUGUUAAGAAGAACUGUUUGACCUCUCGAAUAUCUCCAACUGAUCUCCUCUGGAAACUUUUAGACAUUAGCAUGGAACAUUCUUCUGUUGCAGCUGUAUCAAUUGAAUAUAUUGAAUCUUCAGUGUCUGAAGAGCCCAGUCAAAGUCCUGCAGUUUCUCAGUUUCUGCUGAUAAAAAAAAUUUCUUCCCCGAAAAAGUUCUUCAGUUUCUCUCCUCCUAGGAAAAGACCGCCUGUCACCUUAUUUGGUAGAGCUAGGUUUGGGUUUCAAGAAUCAGCUGUUCAAAUCACAGAGAAGAACAUUUUAUACCUUGAAGAUAAAGCUUUGCAAGAUGUGGACAAUAUAGUUGGAGGAAAGUUCUCCAACAAAGGGGAAGAAAGCAAUGAGCAGAGAUGCUGCAGCAAGAUUUUGGUGAAAAAGGCGGAUGGAAGUGCUUAUAAAAUACAUUGCGAAAAGGCAGAGGAGAUAAAGGCUGAAUUGGAUCAUGCACAACUCAGUUCAUGGGAUGAACAUGAUCCGAAGUAUGAGCUGGAUAAGAAAAGACCAAUUGAACUAGAAACUCACAAGAUUCCCAUUUCUGUUGGGUCACCAAAUUGCUUCAAUGAAAGAUUCAGAAAAUUAUACAGGUCAAUGAAUGUGGCUGUGCCUCGGCCUCUUCCUUCUUUGGUCGAACUUAUGAAUGCUUGCAAGCGUGCUAAGAGGAGAGUUGAUUUCUCACCUUGUAAUUAAGUCACCAGUCCGUUCUCUGCUUUGAUUAUCCAACUGGUAAGAAAGAACAGUAUAGAAGUUCUACAACACGUAUGUAUAGCUAUUGUGGUGGUUAUGCUGUAUGUUGA